UCGGAAGCCGGCGCAGGCGGAGCACUGUUCCAGUCUUUCAGCGCGGACCCGGCCUGCACCCGCCCGCCAGUCCGGGCUCGGGCUGUCGGGCCGGGAUGGCGGCGGCGACCGAGCCCGGGGCACGCGCCUGGCUGGGUGGCGGCUCCUUGCGCCCCGGCAGCCCGGCCAGCAGCCCCGUGCUGGGUGCCCGAGGCCGCGCGCGCCCCGGGCCGGGGCCAGAGCAGUCUGGCAGCAGAGCCCCCAGCCCCGCCGCUCCGGGCCACAGCUUCCGGAAGGUGACGCUCACCAAGCCCACCUUCUGCCACCUCUGCUCCGACUUUGUCUGGGGGCUGGCCGGGUUCCUGUGCGAUGUCUGCAACUUCAUGUCCCACGAGAAGUGCCUGAAGCACGUGAGGACUCCAUGCACGGGCACCGCGCCCAGCCUGGUGCGGGUCCCUGUAGCCCACUGCUUUGGCCCCCGGGGCCUUUACAAGCGCAGGUUCUGCUCUGUGUGCCGCAAGGGCCUGGAGGCACCCGCUCUUCGCUGUGAAGUGUGUGAGCUGCACGUUCACCCCGACUGUGUGCCCUUCGCCUGCAGCGACUGCCGCCAGUGCCACCAGGAUGGCCACCAGGACCACGACGUGCACCACCACCACUGGCGGGAGGGGAACUUGCCCUCUGGCGCGCGCUGUGAGGUUUGCAGGAAGACGUGCGGGUCCUCAGAUGUGCCGGCCGGCGUGCGCUGCGAGUGGUGUGGCGUCCAGGCCCACUCGGUGUGCUCCGCGGCGCUCGCCCCCGAGUGCGCGUUCGGGCGCCUGCGCUCCCUGGUGCUGCCCCCCUCGUGUGUGCGCCUGCUGUCCCGCAACUUCAGCAAGAGGCACUGCUUCCGCAUCGCGGAGACGGUGGCGCCGGAGCCAGGUGACAGGGAUGAGGGAGCAGACGGAAGCACUGCUGGGGUGCUGGGCAGAGAGGCCCUGGCGGCUCCUGAGUCUGGCAAGCAGACCCUGAAGAUCUUUGAUGGCAACGACGCCAUCAGGAGAAACCAGUUCCGCCUGGUGACUGUUCCUCGGCUGGCCACCAGCCAGGAGGUGCUGGAGGCGGCGCUGCGGGCCUACUGUGUCAGCGAGGACUCUCGGGACUUUGAGCUGCAGGCGCUGCCCCUGCCCUCGCGGAGUGGUGACACCCAGGCCCUGGGAAAGGCUGGGCGAGGUGGGCCUGCGGAGGAGGAGGGCGGCAGAGUCCCUGGGCCCCAGGAGCCCAUGCCCGAGGCCUGGGUCAUCCGGUCCUUGCCUCGGACACAGGAGGUCCUGAAGAUCUACCCAGGCUGGCUCAAGGUGGGCGUGGCCUACGUGUCCAUCCGUGUGACCCCACAGAGCACGGCGCAGGCCCUGGUCCUGGAGGUCCUCCCUCUGCUCGGGCGCCAGGUCGAGGGUCCUGAGAGCUUCCAGCUGGUCGAGGUGCUCAUGGGCAGCAAGCAAGUCCAGCGGACAGUGCUGGCAGAUGAAGAGCCCCUGCUCGAUCGGCUUCAGGACAUCCGGCAGACAUCGGUGCGGCAGGUGAGCCAGACGCGGUUCUAUGUCACUGAGAGCCGGACCAUGACCCCGCACGUCUCUCUGUUCGUGGGUGGUCUGCCACCUGGCCUGUCCCCCCAGGAGUAUGGUCACCUGCUGCAUGAGGCCAUGGCCACUAAAGCUGCCGUGGUGUCUGUGAGCCAUGUCUACAACUCCCAAGGUGCGGUGGUGCUGGACGUGACCUGCUUUGCCGAGGCCGAGCGGUUGUACAUGCUGGGCAGGGACACAGCUGUGCGUGGCCGGCCACUGUCAGUGCUGGUGCUCCCAGAUGUGCUGCACAUGAAGCUGCCCCCAGAUUGCUGCCCGCUCCUCGUGUUUGUGAACCCUAAAAGCGGAGGCCUGAAGGGCCGAGACCUGCUCUGCAGUUUCCGCAGGCUGCUGAACCCACACCAGGUCUUCGAGCUGACCAACGGGGGGCCUCUUCCUGGGUUCCAUCUGUUCUCCCAGGUACCCUGCUUCCGGGUGCUGGUGUGUGGUGGCGAUGGCACCGUGGGCUGGGUGCUUGGUGCUCUGGAGGAGACGCGACACCGUCUGGCCUGCCCACAGCCUCCUGUGGCCAUCUUGCCCCUGGGCACAGGGAACGACCUUGGCCGAGUGCUCCGCUGGGGAGCGGGCUACAGCGGGGAAGACCCGUUCUCUGUGCUCGUGUCUGUGGAUGAGGCUGACGCUGUGCUCAUGGACCGCUGGACCAUCCUGCUGGACGCCCAGGAGGCCAGUAGUGCUGAGAACAGUGUAGUGGACACAGAGCCCCCCAAGGUUGUGCAGAUGAGCAACUACUGUGGGAUUGGCAUUGACGCUGAGCUCAGCCUGGACUUCCACCAGGCGAGGGAGGAGGAGCCCGGCAAGUUUACCAGCAGGUUCCACAAUAAGGGUGUGUACGUGCGGGUCGGGCUGCAGAAGCUCAGCCACGCCCGCGGCCUGCACAGGGAGAUCCGGCUGCAGGUGGAGCAGCAGGAGGUGGACCUGCCCAGCAUCGAGGGCCUCAUCUUCAUCAACAUCCCCAGCUGGGGCUCAGGGGCUGACCUGUGGGGCUCAGACAGCGACCCAAGGUUUGAGAAGCCACGCAUGGACGACGGGCUGCUGGAGGUGGUGGGUGUGACCGGCGUCGUGCACAUGGGCCAGGUGCAGGGUGGGCUGCGCUCUGGGAUCCGCAUCGCCCAGGGCUCCUACUUCCGAGUCACGCUCCUCAAGGCCACUCCCGUGCAGGUGGAUGGUGAGCCCUGGGUUCAGGCCCCGGGGCACAUGAUCAUCUCAGCUGCUGGUCCCAAGGUGCACAUGCUAAGGAAGGCCAAGCAGAGGCCCAGGAAGGUCGGUGCCGCCAGGGAUGCCAGGGCAGACACCUCGUCUGCCCCUGAGGGUGACCCGAAGUAGAAGGCCGAGAUGUGGCGGCCGGGCUGGGCUUCCUGUCUUCAGCUGCUCCGAGUUCACACACUGGCUGGCCAGCGGAUGAACCUGGCUGUCACCCCAGGCCCAGGGGUCACCAGCUCUUGUCCUUGUCCGGUGUUCCACGGACACUGCUGGGUGGGCCAUCUCCCCUCGGUUCAGUGAUAGUUGUGUAGCAGGUUGGCACACAGGGACUGGGAUCCCACACCUGUCAGUCAAGGGCAGCCCAAGCUGCCUUUCUGGGGGUGAGACACCCUCUUUGUACCCCUCCACCUGAGCCCCAUGAACUGGACAGCACUGGACAAGGGCCAUCAUGUGGGCCUCUGACCUCAUUUUGUGCCCCUGAGACCAUUCCCCUGGACCACCUCCUGACCCUGCAGCAGCAAGUGCUGCUAGCUCUGCCGGCCCCACCUGGUAGGAGGGUGGCCACCUCUGCUUGUCCUGAGAAGGCAGCUUCCCUUGUUUUCUGGCUUGCACUGUGGCUGAGGUGAGGGAACCCGUCCACCUGCAGGCUAGCUGGAGUGUGGGCCAGGCCCUGAGCAUACCCGCUCGGGCCCUGGGUCGAGGCAGGGGGCCUGCACUGCCAAGUGUAGGUUCCCUCCGGUGUGCUCCGCGCUGGAGACCCAGGCUCAGCCGCAGCCCUCACAGGCCUGCUGCUGCUCCCUUCCUGCCCUGGCCCCAUGCCCCAGGCAGUUCUGCUUCUGGGCCUGGAGCACGUGCCAAGACGCUUCUCACCUCAGAUUCUAAAGGAGUCUGACCAGAAACAAGAAACCCAUGUGGGAAGUCUCCAGAGGCCCCCACCCCCCAAAGGGACCUCCAGUCAGAUCUUUCCUCUCUGUCUGCUGGCACUGGAUCUGCAUGGCCAUGGCCCUUGACCUCAGAAGUGGCUGUGGCCUGGCCUGCAGCCCUGGGGGUCUUGGUGCCACUCAGUCCCGCCCCUUCUGCUUCUGCCAAAACUGCAGACAAACGCAUCCCGAGGGCCAGCUGUGUUCUCUGCAUAGAUGUUCCUUGUGUUCACGUCACCUGUGGUUCCAGAAUCAGACCUUGGUGGUGCCUCUAGUUUUUGCCUUGAUUCACACCUGCAGGAGGUGUCUGCUCGUUGUCAGUGUGGCUUGUCCUAUUUAUGCGAGACUGCCCCCAGGGUGUGUCCCUGAACACUAGUCCUCCUUGUGUGACUUACUGCUUCCUGAUUGUGACCUAAUUUAUAUCAGGAUGAACAGAGUCUGGACUCCACUGUC